AGUUCAGACUUUGGCCGGUGUCGCGUUAGUGAACGCGGCAUACCACGCUCGCCUCGUCGCGACGGAUUCUCCUCUAUGAUUCUGCAUUCGGCAUCUUUAUUGAAGCGACAUCAUUCUUUUUUUUUCCCACUCACCUUUCACGUAUAUGUAUAGUCAUGCGGCGGUGGAUUUCUUUAGGAGGGUGGUGCGGCCCCUCCCUCAUGUUGACAAAGCUGGGACUGCGCCCCGCUGAAGAGGCGUUGCCGUUUGACAUGGCACGUUGCACCUUCGACGGCCUUGUGGAGCUAACCACCAACGGCUUCACCUCCUCCGCCUCUUCGCCGGUGUCGUCGUCGUCGAGUCCCCACACGGCUCACGGCUCAUCACCCACCACCUCCGCUGCGACGUAUGCAUUUCCACGCGGAGUCCUCGACGGCUUCUUUCCGGUGCCACGGCCACCACAUCACGCACAGGUCGCCAACAAUGCGGCGACGUUCACGUUUACCCCUGACCCGGUGAGUGUGUGGUUGCUCUUCCGCAGUCAGCACGCCUGCUUCACCCAUUUUGACCUCAACAACCCAGACGUGCAGCACGAGUUUCGUCGACGGAUGCAAGUCUGGGACACGCUGCUGAGCCCGCAUGGAAGCCGCCACGGCGAAGGCGCAGCGCCACAUCGUCCCGUGACGUUUGUUCGCACCGCCAUCGCCGAGAAUCCAUCGGACGAGAUCGAAAUGCUGCCACGGUUUCACAGCGCGGUCCGCCGCCGCACGAACGGCCAGCUGCCCUUUCGGACAGUGUUGGUGGUACACGACCAGGCAGAGACGACGCAACCACUCUGCCGCUUUCCGCAGGAAGCGUCGGCGCACCAGUCACCGUGCGUGGUGUGGAACAUUACACGGCAAGCGGCAUCCUCCGCAGCGGACGGUGAACCUUCACUGUUAGACCAGUGCCACGACGGCUAUCAAACCAUCCUGACGACGAUGUGCAAGGAACAGAAGUGGCGUUCGCUGGACGCCUCGCUGCCGUCCUACGAAAACUACAUGAAAUCGCGCGGGAAGGCGUUCAAGCCGUAUACGGAGCUGAGCCGUGUUGCGGGUGUUCCGGCGAUCCGUGGCACCUGCACCGGCUUCGGCUCUACCUUUUCAGCUGCUCUGGGUCGAUGUGUGCAUUGCGGGUGCAACGACGGCCACGCGGUGGUGGCGGACAGGUUUGACACGCAGCGGCCGUGGAGGGACGAGGACCUUGACGAGCUUCUCACCAACUACGCCCUGCAACGCUGCGACGAGGUGGCUGCGGUGGAGGCGACGGCGCUGAAGCAAAAGCGAGGGGCACACGAAACCUGGCGGAAGCUGCGAGAGAUGCUUUCCGACUGA